AUGUUUUAUAAUCGAAUUCCAAAACCUCUUCCAAUUUUAUUUGGAUUACCAGAUGAUCCAAAACCAAAAUUUAUUUGGAUGAAAUUAGGAGAAGAACAAUAAACCAUGAUUUAAGGGAGACUAACAAAAAGAACAUUUACAAGUAAUCCUUAACAACAUUUUAAAUCAUCUAAAGGAAAUAUUAGUUAUAGAACUAGUAUUGUAAAUAGUGAUUAAUUGUAAGGAACAUAAUCAGUCAAUAAUUCAUCAAAUAUCAUAUAUUAUGAAGAUUUUAAUAUAGAUGUGAAAGAAAGCAUUUGUAAAUAAAACUAUAUACCUAUAAAAAAUGUAUCAGAAUUAUAAGAAAGUCUUAAAAAUCUAAAAUAUAGAUAUGAUGCAAAUCAUCCUAGAGAUUAUGAAAUAUUUGGAGGUUUUGAAGGAUGUAACGUAUAAGAAAUCUAUUAUUGUAAACAUGACACUGUUAAGAUAGUAUUAAAAUCAGAUACAAAUUCUCAUGGAUUUUGUAAAUGGUUUUCUUUGGGAUUAAAGAUUUAUGCAUUUAAAGAAUUAUGCAUAAAAGUCAAUAUAAUAAAUUUAAGAGCAUUAGAGAAGAAUAGAGAUGUACAUGUAUAGAGACUUUCUGAUAAUCAUGAAUUCUUUGUACCUUCUCAUUAUUCAUUGACAAAUAUCAAACGUAAAGAUAGUUAUUUUGCAUAAUGUUCUUUUGAAAUAAAGUCUUCUUAUGAAAGUUAUAUCAUUAGUUUUUAGAAACCAUAUUCAUUUCAUUAAUUAACAGAAAAUAGUCAAUAUGGACAAUUAGGAUUGUCUAAGUUAUAAUAUCCAAUAUAUUAUUGGGUUCAUAAAUAAAAUGGACCAUUAAUUUUAAUAGUUGCUCGUAUUAGACCAAUAGAUGCAAAUACAUCAUAUUUAGCAGAAGAAUUAAUAAAAUAAUUAAAGUAAACAUAAUUAAAUGUAAUUGUUGUACCAAUGCUUAAUCCAGAUGGUGUAGUCUUAGGUAAUUCUAGAUGUAAUUUGAGUGGAAAAGAUUUAAGUUCUAAUUAUUAAUUUACCAAUCCAAAUCUGUGUCCAGAGAUUAAAAGUUUAUUGGGAAUAGAGAAUGUAUAAAUUGCAAUGUAAUUAUGCUAUUUAUUGGAAGUGAGUUGAGAAUGCAUGAAAAACCUCAUGUUGUUAGUUCAAUCAAAUUUAAUUGUGGAUUACCACAAAGAAAAAGGAAUUUAGAAAUUCAUGAUAUUAGUUCAAAGUAUUAGAAAUAUGUCAAAAUAUUCAUCAGUUAAAAUUAAGUGAAUUAUUAAGAAUUAGCAUCAUUUAUAAUCAAGGCUUUGUAAUCUAUUUAAUAAUAGAAUACAGAUAAUAUUAGUUACAAAAGUGAAACAGAUCAUGAAGAUGAUAUUUUAGAUAAUUUCUUUUAUAAUCCUUAAACAAAAGAAUAGACUACUAGAUUAUCAUAACCAUCAUAUUAAAUUAAUCCAUAAAUAUAAUUGUAGGAAUUAUUGUAAACCAUAAAUCCUUCAAUUAAAGAAUAAGAAUCAGUAAAUCAAUUAAGAAAUUUAGAAUGGAAAGAAUUAACUCAUCGUUCUGAAUUGUCACAUGGAAAGAUUAAGACAUAAAUCACACCAAGUAAAGAAAUUUAAAAUAGUUUUUUUGAUAAAUAAUUGAUUAAAAGAAAAUCAAAUUAUCAUCAACAUUCUGAAUCUCAUUCACAAAGUCAAUCAGAUAAAAUUGUUUUAAAGAGUCCUUUUUUACCUAGUAGAGAGUAGAUAUUUGAAAAAUAUUCAAAUUUGUCAAGAAGUCCUACUAAUAAAAGAAAAACAUUAUCAUAAGCUAAAUUAUAAACACUAACAUAAUAUUAAGUAUUCAAAUAUACUAGACAAAGAUGA